AUGAGACUCUUUUGGCAGAUUUGGGAUACAACAGGACAAGAAAGGUUCAAUAGUUUAGGUGCUGCAUUUUAUAGAGGUGCAGAUUGUUGUGUUUUGGUGUAUGAUGUAAAUGCACACAACACAUUUGACACACUAAACAAUUGGCAUGAUGAGUUCAUUAAGCAGGCAGAUUUGAAUGAUCAUAAAGCAUUUCCCUUUGUGUUACUUGGGAACAAGGUUGAUGUAGAUGGUGGGAACAGUAGAAAGGUGACUGAGAAGAAAGCUAGGGAAUGGUGUGCUUCUAGAGGGAACCUACCAUACUUUUGUUUAAUUGAUACCUGUGUACUAAUCUUUUUGUCACUGGCAUAGAUUCAAGUAGGUGGUUACUGGUUCCCCUUUGUAUAAAUUAGAAAAAAACUUGGAAAGGGUGGAUUUGGUCAAGUAUAUGUUGGUCGACAUCUUUCUGGUGGAAAUUUGAAUGAGAGAACUGGACCACCAUACGUUAAACUUUUGUUCCCAGGUUGCGUUAAAAUUUGAGCAUAGAAGUAGUAAAGGAUGUAAUUAUGGACCACCAUACGAGUGGCAAGUGUACAAAAUUCUUGGUGGCAGUCAUGGUGUGCCUCAAGUACAUUACAAGGGCAGACAUCGAUUAUUUGGGACAGCUUCUGUGGAAUUACUGCAUUUUAGAUGAAGGGCAUAUAAUCAAGAAUGCUAAGUCCAAAGUUACACUUGCUAUAAAGCAGUUAAAAGCCCAACACCACUUGAUAUUGAGUGGGACUCCAAUACAGAAUAACAUCAUGGACUUGUGGUCCCUUUUUGAUUUUCUAAUGCCUAGAUUUCUUGGAACAGAGAGACAGGUAAAGUCUUAUUUUCCUUUCCUCAUACUAAUUAUUACUUCUGCUCUACUGAUUUGGGACGAAAAGAAUUUGAAGAGGCUUAAAAGCAGUGGAAAGUUAAAGAAAGUUCUUUGGAGACUAGGAAUUUUGGUGGGUUACUUUUUCAAGCUCAUGCUAAUGCUAUCAGAAAUGUUAUGA